AUGGACAGAAAUUACCCGGGAGCUGGCUUUGGGGAUCUGGGCGCAGGAGCCGGAUGGAGCUACGAGAGAUCCGCCAAAGCGAGUUUGGUUUAUGGCAGCUCCAGAUCUUCACAUCCAGAAUCUGAACUCCUCCAUCGCCAAGCCUACGCCACUCCUCACCCCCUACAGGGCUAUGCAACCAAUCACCACCCUGGCAGCUCUGGACAGGGUGGAGCAUGGGGGGCAGCUGGGAGGAGUCUGAGCUUAUCGGGACUUUUUGAUGCUGGGUUACACCACGCAAGUCCCUCAGGUCCAGAUCCGUCUGUAAUGAACCUGAUCUCAGCUUUGGAAUCCCGGGGUCCACAGCCACCGCCCUCUGCCUCCUCUCUUCUCUCCCAGUUCCGCACUCCAUCUUGGCAGACUGCGAUGCACACACCUGCCCCUGCAGAACUUUUCAUCUCCGGGGCCCUUCCUGGUUCUGGAUCAUUUCCAUCCUCCUCUGCCUUAUCAGCCUAUCAACACCCAGCAUCAUUUUCUGGGCGCUCAUUUCCUGGGGUGACCCCUUCACUUUCGCUACAGGACACUCCUACAUUCAGCCCCACUUCCAAUGGCUUGCUGUCACCCCAUGAUCCUUUGCUGCACAUCAAGACACCCUCUCAGUCAGGUCUGGGCUUCGAUCGCCUGUUGUCAUCUCAAGGUGCUGCUGCAGCGUACCGUGGGAGCCAUGAUCCUAGUGGUGGUGGUGGUGUCACGAGUGCCCAAGCCUCCUCAGCAGCUUCAGCUUCUGCUCGCCAUCUGCAGUCUCACCAGUUCAACUUGCUGUCCUCACAGCUUCAGGACCAGUCCUCACAGUUAUACAGUGCAUCUGUGUUUUCCUCUACUCCUGCUCCACCUCAGCCAAGCUCCCAAGAGCGGACCGUACCACGACAAGACAGUGUCAUUAAGCACUACCAGCGUCCCUCGCCAGCACAGGCGACUGCCUCCACACCUCACCCCCUCCAGCACUACCUCAGUUGUGGAGUGUCUGGGUAUCAGCAGGCCCCUCAUCCUCGUCAUGCUGGCCUCUCCUGCAGUCCACUAGGAGAGCACAGUCCUUCGUCUGACCAUAAGCCUUCCCCCAGAACGGAGCAGUACCGACCUAUCAUCCAGCCCUCUUAUGGAUCUUCCUCAUCCUCAUCUUCUGGUGGGCCAGGCAAGGGGUCAAAAAGCAGUUCCAGUAGUGGCUACUCUUCUUCCGGUUCUGGGUCCUCCUCCAGAACCCCCCAUACACCACCUUCUGCAUCUUCUGCCUCAUCUUCUUCCUCUUCGUCUUCUUCCUCCUCAGCAUCUGCAGGAGCUCGCCAGUCUAACUCCAUUCCAACCUCUAGCUCUGCAUCUGCAUCCUCACGACAACAGCCACCGACUCAGUCUGUGCCUCAUCCCCCACAAACACAUUCCCAGCCCCCUCCUAGCACUUCUAACUCCUCCCAGCAGACCCUUCCCAAAGCUUGUCUCUCAGGCUAUGGCUCCCCAGUAGCUCCAGUCAAGUCAUCUAGCAGUUUGACAGGCCAGACCCCUCCCCAGCAGCAGCCUCAGUCAUUUUCCCCAAGCCAGCCUCCUCCGUCACACUUAUCUCAGUCAUACGGAGGAUUCAGUUCCCCACAGACACAUGACUUGCCUUCAGCCAGGACCUCUGGGGUUGGGAAAGGGUAUGGGAGUCUGGGAAGCCAAUCAUUUUCAGCAGAAUCAGUGUAUGGGGCAGAUUCAGGUUAUGGGUCACUGCCUCCAUCACUAGGGGGAGCUGGAAGUCCCUCAAUGGGCUAUGCUGCCUCAGGGCACUCUCCUGCACUCUUACGUUCAGGGGCAAGCGGGGGAACAGCUAGUGGUAGUAGCAAUGGAGGUACUACUGGUACAGGAGGUGCAAAUAGUGUGGGAGGAGGAGGAGGUGGUUCUUACCACAUACCAGAUUCCAGCCCAUCUCCAUCUGGCAACUCUGGAAUCAUACGUCCAGGUCUGCACUCUCCUGCUCCUUCACGACCUGCUCAGUCACCCGUGGGAACAGGAUCCAACAAAUACCUGUCCUCUGUCCUCUCCCCCUCCUUCUUACCCUCCCCACAGGGUUUUCCGGACACCCGCGGAGCUCGAUCACAACCCUUCCACCCCUCUGCGCCUCCAAAAACUAAGUCUGAUACCAGCAUACUUGGUGUAACUGAGUCUCGGCCACAACAGGAUGACGUAGAUGAUGAUGAUUUUCUAAUCCAGCAUCUACUUCAGGCUCAAAGUCCUACUCCUCAAGCAUCCCAUCAUCAUGCACCUCAGAGCCAUCAUUCCUCACAGCCUACCCAACAGCCUUCAGUUCUUCCACCCCAGGAUGGAAACAAGGGGUUGUUUAAUGAGAUGAGCAAGAGCUCAGAGGAGCGGUACCAUCUUCAAAGUGUUAUUCGAACUCACAGUGCCACUUCUAAUGCUGCGGUGUCUGGAGCAGGGAGUGGAGCAGGCCUGGACAGUCAGUUGGAGAUGUCUCUAAAGAAACAGCAGCAGCAUCAACAGCAGCAGCACCAACAGCAGCAUCAACAACAACAGCAACAGCAACAACAACACAAACAUCAACAACAGCAACAGAAGAGCAACAGAACUGUCACAGAAGGAGGAGGACGAGGGAGCUCUGAUCAAGCCCAUUCCCAUCCACAUCAUCACCAUGACUCAAUGGGGUCAGUUGUCCAUUAUGGUCGGGGUGACCCUUAUUCCCAGCACUCCAUUCCUCAGCAUCCCUCCUCUCACCAUCAGCAUACUCCUCACACUCCUACACAUACUCACCUGCAUGCUCACUCCCACAUGGAGAAGUCGCAAGAUUCUGCAGAUAUGGCUUACAUUCGCAAGACACCUGAUCUUCAGCAGCACCACCACCAACACCAACAGGCACAUCAGCAACAACAAACCCCACUUCAUCAGUCUCAUCAACAACAGCACCAACAACAGCAGCAGCAACAACAGCAGCGUCAGUCUCAGUCCCAGACCCUAAUGGAUUCUCCAACAGACCAGUCCCGCCAGCCUCCCCACCUGCUACAAUCAGUGCUCUCCCACACCACCCGCAGCAAAAUGGAUCCUCAGCAACAGCAGGCUUUGAUGGAAGCAGCCAGUGGAGUUACAUCAGCAGCAGAGACCCAUACCCAGCCCCAACCAUCUCAGCUACAGCUUCAGCUGCAGACUCAAGCUUUGGAAGCUGCUAGUCACUAUGGUCGUAGCUCCCAGCAGCAGGACCAGAACCAUGCAAAAUCUACCACAGUGUCCUCUUUGGACAUGCUGGAGCGUUCUCUUUCUCGGACAUCAAGUCAGGAGGGAGGAAUGGUGGAUGACAGAGCAGCAAAUGAGGGAAGCAGAGGAAAUUCUGCAGGUGGAACUGCAGGAAGUGUUGAGAGACACAGAUCACAGGAUCAACAGAGACUUUCAUCUCACCAUCCUUCGCAGCACCAUCCCUCUGAGUUACAUUCAUAUCUCUCUGAGCCUGAUUUGGGCUUAUCUACCCCUUCCCAUGGGGUAGAUCACCUUUCCCACCACCACCAUCAGCCACAGCAACCACCUCAAGCUCCUCAACACCCUAACUCCCACCACCAACAUGCUCACCCACAGCAUCCUUCUCAACAGAGCCAUCAUCACCUUGCUCAGUCAGCCUCUGCAACUGCGCAGCAACAAGAGCAGCCUCACCCUUCCCACUCCUCCCAGCUUCCUCAAGCUCAGCUUGACCAGCAGCAUCAAACAGACCAUCACUUUGACACGAGGAGCUCAGCAGUGAAGUCAAACCAGAAUCAGAAUCAAUCCCAGCAGAGCCAGAGGUUUGUUCCGUUAACAUCCAUCUGUUUCCCAGACUCGCUGCUACCAGAUGAAGACCGUUCGUUUUUUCCUGGAAUGGAGGACAUGUUCUGCCCAGAGGACUACAAGUCUAGCUGUCCUGGAGGAUCAGGGCAGGGUCAGGAUGGAGUUGCCCAACCUCAAACAGGACAAGAAGGCAUGGAGGGCAUGAAACCAACUGCAGAUGGUGGAGGAGAUGAUACAGGUGCAAACUAUGACAUGCUUGGCCCCCAUGGUGAUCAAGAUUAUGGGCAGUAUUGCCAUGAUCUUUCUGAACCUGACAAUGGAACCAUGCAUCUGGACCUCGACUCAUUGAAGACCCAUGAGCUCCCAUCGACAGUCAAUACAGAACAGCUUGGACUGAUUCAAUCUCAGCCACCCGGUCUUGGAAUGGGAAAUACUGGGAAUGUUGUGGAAGGUUCUGGUGCCAAGCUGGGAAGUUCGGGAGGUUCUGGAUCUGGAUCAGGAGGGCUUACCUCACCAAUUUUUUGCUCGUCUCGUCCCAAAAAGCUCUUGAAGUCCAGUUCUUUCCAUUUGUUGAAGGAGAGACCUGAUCCUAAUUCCCUCCCCAAAAAGAGCUAUGCACAGGAGUACGAAUUUGAAGAUGACGAAGACAAGGCUGAUGUUCCUGCUGACAUUCGAUUGAAUAGCAGAAGACUUCCCGACCUGAUUCCAGACCUUGUAUCCAGUUGUCGGAAGUCAGGUGGAACUAUGAGCCCUCUAAUGGGUGACUUGGAUUUUGGAUAUCCCUCUCUUGGUCCUCCUCCGCAAUUACUGCCCAGUGAUGGGCCGAAAAAGAGAGGAAGGAAGCCCACCAAGCCCAAACGAGAAGGACCCCCAAGGCCUCGUGGCCGCCCACGUAUACGUCCUUUGCCAGAGCCCCAUCACUCCAGGAGCAUGAUGGGAGAGUGUGGAACAGGAUAUGUUCCUGAGAGAGGCAGGGGCAGGGGUAGAGGCAGAGGAAGAGGACGGCGAGAUGAAUCUGUGAUGGACAUGGACAUAGCCAACAAGGAACAGGGUCAUCUAUAUCAACAGCACAUGCAACAACAGUCAAUGCAUCAGCAGCACCAAGAGCCAAUCAAACCCAUUAAGAUAAAACUUCCUAUUGGUACCUUGUCAUCUUCUGAUGCCCUGUUGCGGACAGAUUCUUUGUCUGGUACUGAUCCGGCCCUCUCAGAUGGUUCUGUGGGCUCUGCUCCUUCUUUGGGUCUGAGCCCAGGGACACCAGGAGUGCCUGAUAUAAGACCUCAAGACAAGAGUAAAUCCAAAUCUCAAGAGAUGGAAGAAAAGGAGUCUGAGAAGACUGGCUUUGUGGCUUCUUUUUUGGAUUUUCUGAAGUCUGGGAAAAGGCCGGGGAGCAGCUCUGGGAACGGUGAUUCAUCUCCAGGGAAAAGUGGCGGUAUCUGUCCCAUAUCCCCUGCACCACCUCCCCCACCAGCCCCUGCAGCUUCAUCUGCUUAUGGAGAUGGUGAAGGUGAUGGAGGUCUGUCGCUGGGUGGGUGCCCAAGCCCUUGCAAGCGCUUGGACGAAGAGCUGAAGAGAAACCUGGAGACCCUUCCAUCCUUUUCUUCGGAUGAAGAGGACUCCGUGGGAAAGAACCAGGAUCUGCAAAAGAGCAUCUCCUCUGCCAUCUCUGCCCUGUAUGACACUCCACAGCUCAGCACCAGCACAAUGCAGCCUCCCUCACUCCCCCCACCUCCUCCUCCACCUCCUCCUGCACCACUGACACCAACACAACACCCACCUUCUCUGAGCCCACAAACCCCAUCACACAUGCACUCGCAGCCUCCUUCACAUGUGCACGCACAGGCCAUCGAGUCUAAUAUGUUACCGAGAGAAGAGCAGGACGACGAGAUUGAAGAGGAGAAAAUGAAAGAUGUAGAAGAUGAAGAAGAGGAGCAGGACAAAGAAGUUGAAGAGAAAGAGCCAGAAAUGGAGAUGCUGACUGUUCCAAAAGUAGGAGACUCGCCUAAAGAAGCUCCUCAGGCAGCAGCCCCCUCUUCCCUUCCACCUCUGUUCCCAUCCUCCCCCGCACCUUCGUCUUCUCCCUCUCCGCCUCCUCUUCCUCCCCUCUCCCUCCCGUCACCUCUUCCUCAGCUGGAGGACAACCCAUCUCCAGUGCAGAAACCUCCACUGCAGCAGACUCCGCCUCCAUCCAGCCCUGUCGCUCCUUCUCUACCUGUCCUCUCUCCUCCUGCUCCCCCUCCUGCAGCCUCUCCUCCACCUUCCACUCCUCCACCCCCCAGCCCUCCUCCACCUCCACAGCCUGCUCCGGUGCCCUCCUCCCCAGAGGAGCCCCCAGCACCACAAAUCCUGCCGUUACACCUGGCGCAGAAACAGAGCGGCGCCGCCAUCGCAGGAGAGACUGAUGAGGAUGAGAGCGAGAGUGGAGGAGAGGGCAUUUUCAGAGAGAGGGAUGAGUUUGUGGUACGGUGCGAGGACAUCAGGACACUCAAGAUGGCCCUGCAGACAGGACGGGAGCCCCCUCCCAUCUGGCGUGUUCAGAAAGCCCUGCUGCAGAAGUUCGCGCCAGAGAUCAAAGAUGGGCAGAGACAGUUCUGCGCCACCAGCAAUUAUCUCGGUUAUUUUGGUGAUGCUAAAAAACGGUACCAACGUCUGUACGUGAAGUUCCUGGAGAACGUGAAUAAGAAGGACUACGUAAGGGUUUGCUCGCGCAAGCCUUGGCACAGACCCUCCGUAACGCUCAGACGCCAGUCACAGUCACAGUCGGUCCCGAAGAUAGCCCUGCCCCCUAACAACCAGACUCCGCCUCGCGCCGUGAGAGAGGAGAAGGACAAAGAGCGGGAAAAAGUGAAAGAGAAGGAGCAGCGUGAGGCCAGAGAGAAGAACAACAUCAGGGCGAAAGAGCAGCAAGAGAAGGAACGCGUGGCUAAACUGAAGGAGCGAGAGGAGACGAAGGAGAAGGAGAAAGAAAAGAAAACGCCGCCUCCUCCGGCACAACAGAAGGCAGAGAAACGGUCAGCGGCGGCGGAACGAGGGAAGGUGAAAGAGGAGAGAAAGGCCGGAGGAGCGGAGCGGAAGACGGAGCGCUCCGUGAAGCAGCAGCCCGUAAAGGUGAAAGCAGAACCUCCGCCAAAGAAGAGGAGGAAGUGGCUGAAGGUGCCUGAAGUUCCCUCAUCAUCGGAAUCCGACUCCUCAGCCAGCGAGGAAGAGAUCUCUGUGAAAGCAGGCCUGAACACUCGUGCUAUGCGGGAGAUGUACCGAAGCUAUGUGGAGAUGCUGGUCAGUACAGCCCUGGAUCCAGACAUGAUCCAGGCGCUGGAGGACACUGAAGAUGAACUGUACCUCCCUCCAAUGCGUAAAAUCGACAGCAUUCUCAGUGAGCAGAAGAGGAAGCUUCUGAAGCGGGUCAGCAUGAGCUCCCAGCACCAGGAGGCCAUACACACCUUCCCCCAGAUAACAGUGGAGCCCCAGGACUCUGGAGUAGUGAGGGUGAAGCUUGGUGGGGAGUGCUACAACCGGAAAACCCUGAACCGCGUCAAAAAGAAUGUACCCAAACCACAGGACCUCAAGCUGUCAACAGAGACGUGUCGACUCUACAGUCUCUACCAUUCCCUGCAUCAUUACAAAUACCACACUUUCUUAAUCUGUAAGAAAGAGACGAACACUAUAGAACAAGCUUCAGAAGAUCCUGGGCAGGAGGAGGUUGUUCAGCAGUGCAUGGCCAAUCAGAGCUGGCUGGACACGCUUUUCAACUCCUUCCUAGAGCUGAUGACCCUCAGUGCCAAAGCCUGAAGGAACGAGGAGGAAAGAGGAGAAAAAGGGGAGAACAAAACAAAGGACAAAUCCAGAGGAAGCGACGUGGAGCGAAUACGGCGGGUUUCUUUUGGCGCCGCCCCCCGUCCUCUGCUGUUGUUGUUACUGAAGCGCUUCUUAAGACAGUUGUGAUGCAGCGAGACGAGCAGGAGGAGUCGCCUCUCCGCAGGUAGUGAAUGAAUCGACUCAGCGAAGGAUCCUCUCUGAGGCAGAGCCGACGGAGGUAGACUCAACGGAUUAAUCAAAGGAGAGAGAACGAGUUCACACUCAGGUGUGACCAAUCUGAGAUUCUCUUAUUUUUCCUUUUUGUUUUUGCAUUUUCUUUUCGUUUUCCUGGAGAUGGGUCGACCUUCCAGCCUCGACCGCUAGAAGACGAACUGAAUUUCCGUGUGAAUUUUUUGCGCCUGUGGUUUCGUCCGAUUCUUUUCGCGUUUCAAAUAACUGACGACUAAUUUGAAGACGAUGCUAGGAGGAAGUCUGUUACUGUUUAAAUUUUACACAGAUUAUUUUUUAAGACUACAAACUGUUUUAUUCUGCUUUUUUUUCCUUUCUUCGAGCGACAGAGUGGUGCCGUGACGGUUGUGUUUUAUAAACGAGUGAAGACUGCGGUGCGAGAGGAGAAACUGACGGGGGGGGAGGGGAAGGGGCGGGGGGGAGAUGCUAAGCGGCGUAACGGUGUAACACUUCAGGCUACGUGAGCAGAUACGAGUGAGCUAUAGUAAUACACACAUUUUUAUUAUUUAUAUAAAAGACAUUUCUAACAGUGCAGAAAGCAGCAGCGCUUCAUUAUCCGUUUCAUAACGUCAAGUUACGUACAGAUGUCACGAGCGACGUUGCGUCGUCACGUUCUGAGCUGUCUUCCUUCGGGCUCGUGAAGGGGUGGCGGGUAGGACGAGGAGAUGAUGCGGCAUCUGUAAAAGAGUAAAAAAGACGGAAAUAAAAAUAUACUUCAAACUACGCAAAACUGUAAUAUUUCAGUGCAUUCUUCAGAAGAUGGACAUGAAAAAUAAGAGCUAACUAUAGCAUCCAGUUCCCACUAGGGAAAGAUUAUGUAUUAGUAAUAUUUAAAGAGGAUUUUUUUUGUUGUUUUGUUUUUAACUGUUUGUCCUUUGUCUGUAUUAUGAGUAUUAUUUUGGAACAAUCUAAUACUGUGCUUCUUUCAAAAACAAAGCCUUUGUGUAAAUAUUGUACAGCUCUUCACACAAAACUCAGUUCUUCUGUACAUGGACUAUUCCUGUAUUUGACAAACAAAAUAAAAUCAAGGAGCGUAUAAUGUCUCA